AUGAAUCCAGAGAAACGAAAAAGUGGCGACAGUUUUAUACGCUUCAGAUGUUUUCCGGAUGGUGCAUUGUAUUCGCCGUCAGCAGCACUUGUAGAAAUUGGUUCCACACGGUCGUUUGAUGAUUCGGAUUCGACAUCGAAAUGCAAUUCCUGGAGCGUUCAUUCAGCUUUACUAGAUGGCGUUGGCUGUUCACGAAGAUCUGUUUUAGAGCCCGAACUGCGACUUGACAUUUCUGUUACGCAGCUCGACAAACGAUUGAGAACGAAAAAUUUUUUUAUGGGAUCUGUACUCGAAGUUUAUAGGUUUAUUCGGUUUCGUUUAAUUAACUUAAACGAUGAGAGACUUGUUGGUGAAGCUGAAGUAUUGUUUUCACAGAUGGUUAACGAUGCUAAACUUACACUGAAACUCUACUCUCGAGAUUUUAAUGGAAAUCCGCUUUUUGGUGCUUCUAAACGAUUACUGCACAGUGUAGGCACACUGCAUAUCAAUGCCUUCUUGGAUAACUCUAUGUCUUGUUCGCCAUCUCGCGGAUUCUCCAACAACGCAGAUUUUGUGGUUCGUGAUGACGACGAAAUUAAAGAAUCCAGUAACGUUAUGUUGGCCAGCGGGUGA